GCUUCUUAGAAUACGGGUGGGGGACAAUAUCAACAUUGUUGGAACAGAGUAACGACGAUAUAGCAACUGUAAUUUUAUACAAACAGAAGGCAGGACCCUUCAAUCGAAGGCAGGGCAAACCAUGGGGAAGUCUCUGUUUUCCUUGCCAAAGCAAAAAGAGGAGCAGGAGAACCUGACUGAAAACACAGAGUCUCCCACUGAGGACAAUAAACAUGACGUGUCACAGUUUCCUUAUGUUGAAUUCACAGGCAGAGACAGCAUCACCUGUCCUUCUUGUCAAGGGACGGGGAGGAUACCUAGAGACCAAGAAAACCAGCUAGUUGCUCUGAUACCAUACAGUGACCAGAGGCUGAAGCCAAGACGAACGACAUUGUACGUGUCUUUAUCAGUCGUUCUGUGUCUGCUACUUUCUGGUUUGGCUGUAUUCUUCCUGUUCCCUCGAGCUAUUGAUGUCUCUUAUGUUGGGGUGAAGUCAGCCUACGUCACAUACGACCGAGACCAGCGGAUCAUUUAUCUAAAUAUCACGAAUACCCUGAACAUCACCAACAAUAAUUACUACCCAAUACGUGUUGCCAACAUCACAGCACAGGUGCAGUUCUACAAGACUGUUAUCGGAAAGUCUGUUGUCAGUAAUGUCACCACUAUCACCCCCCUGGAUAUGCGUCAGGUACAUGUUAAUUCAUUCAGAUAUAUUAAUUAA